AGCGCUCAGGCGACGGGCCCCGCAGAAUCCCUCCCUCCACCCGGGUCUCCGCGCGCGGGUUCCGGCGCGGGGGCCUCGGGGCGGGUCCCUGCCGCCUGCACCUGCCCCCGGGGGCGGAGCGCGGCGGCGACUGCGCGGCCCCCGCCGCGGGCUACGCCGCUCCCCGGCACACCCGCCGCCCCUGCAGCCGCCGCACCUCCACUCCGCGCGCCCGCCCUCGCUCCCUCUCGGCGCUGUCCGGCCGCCGGGUCCCAGCCGCGGCGCCUCGCACUUAGGACUCCAGCCCCGCGACUCCCGUCGUCGCCGCUGGGAUCCGCCGCCCCGCGCCAUGGAGCCGGCCGCGGGCAGAGAGCGCCGCAGCCCCCCGGGCCCCGCCGUCCCGCCGCCGCCCCGGGGCCACGCGCCGUCGGCCGCUGCCCCCGGCCGGCUGGGAUCCCCAGUGCGCGAGCCCCCGCAGCCCGAGGAGGGGCAGCAGAUGCGGAUCAGCCAGAGCGGCCAGUUCAGCGACGGGCUGGAGGACCGAGGCUUACUAGAAAGCAGCACUCGUCUAAAACCUCAUGAAGCCCAGAACUACCGGAGGAAGGCUCUGUGGGUCUCCUGGUUCUCCAUUAUCGUGACGCUGGCCCUGGCUGUGGCUGCCUUUACUGUCUCCGUUAUGAGGUACAGCGCCUCUGCUUUUGGGUUUGCAUUUGAUGCCAUCCUCGAUGUCCUGUCUUCGGCGAUUGUCCUGUGGCGUUACAGCAACGCGGCCGCGGUACACUCUGCCCAUAGGGAAUACAUAGCCUGUGUCAUCUUGGGGGUGAUAUUUCUUCUGUCAUCCAUCUGUAUAGUGGUCAAAGCCAUCCAUGACCUCUCAACUAAGCUGCUCCCAGAAGUGGAUGAUUUCCUGUUCAGUGUCUCCAUUUUAAGUGGGAUCCUUUGCAGCAUCCUGGCUGUGCUGAAGUUUAUGCUGGGGAAGGUUCUGACCAGCAGAGCGCUCAUAACAGAUGGUUUAAACUCCCUCGUGGGAGGCGUGAUGGGCUUCUCUAUUCUUCUGAGUGCCGAGGUGUUCAAGCAUAACUCGGCGGUCUGGUACCUGGAUGGCAGCACAGGUGUGCUGAUUGGUCUUACCAUAUUUGCCUACGGGGUCAAACUCCUCAUUGACAUGGUACCCAGGUGAGGCAGACGCGCCACUAUGGAUGUUCGAGUGAGGAGGGCCAGAGCCGCCAGCCAGUUCUGCGGUGCAUGAAGACUGUCAGGAUGAGAGACGUUUCCUCCAAAGGCGGACGGUGCCAACAUCUAUCUGAACAUCCAGUUUCUUCUUCGGAAAGUGUGUGUUCACGGGAACGCGGCCUGCCCCGCAGGUCGGUCUGCGCUGCUCCCAUCACUCCACUGCCCCCUACACCCAAUAGGACGACGUGCAUAGGAGGGGAGACUGGUUUCCCAUUUCCAGUGGGAACUGACCUUUUCUAGUUUCAGGAGUAAAGGGUUUCUUGUGGGCGGGAUAAGAUCUCCGCUUGGCAGAAAGUUUUCUGUGGUGCUCAAGGCCUGAACUAGAUGGCGACUGCCCAGACCCACCUCCUUCUGGACGGGCUCCAGCCACCUGGGCGUUCUGGAGCCUCUCUCUCACCUCCCGGCAGGUUGAAGGGAAGACCGAACGUAUCCGUGUGUCCCUCACCCCUUUACAUGCCCAGAAACCAUCAGUAUAUAGCACUUCCUAAUUUCUAUCGAUAUAUUCAUUAGUUUCAUACUGUUUUACUAAUCCUAAAUCUAAACAGAUGUGUUCAAAAGGAGACCAUUCUAUUUUUCAAGUACUUAGUGAUGUAUGUAUGAGCUUUGCAUGGAUGAACUAAGCACAUGACCCUUUCUUGUACAUUCAGAACCUGAAUAUACGUGUAAAAACAGGAUCCAUUUUUGACAGAUGUGAAACCACAGUUUAUUUGUAAUAAAUAAUGAUAUAAUCGACCCCUAUGUGCAUAUAUCUAUAUGCUUGUGUUAAGUGGUGAUGGUACAUUGCAGUCUGUUAGAGGUGGUGGAUUCCUCUGUAAGGAGCAAGGUGUCUUCAGUUUAUGUAACGUUGAGUAUAGAUUCUGUGAAAUGUUUCCCAGCACACAACAGUCUGUAUACCUCCAGCACUGAUGCUUGUCCGGCCGGGCGACAGUGUCUGACCAAUAAAGACCUUUACCUGUUUCGUAUGGUA